UCCCAUCGUUGAAGAAAAGAAACACAAAAAAUUGGGUCCAGCGAUGGCUGAUAAAGAUCCAGAGGUCCAAGACGAGCUUGCCGAGUCGCUCAACGAUCUCUUCACCAGCCUCUCCUCCAUGGUCAAAUCCGAACUUCAGGGAACUAACAAUAUUUUGGAGCUAUUGGAGAAGAUGAAUUUGAGGGUGGCAGAGGAAUAUAAAGGAUUUGGGGAUGUGGCAUCUGGGUUAAGGGUAUUCGUUGAACAGUUGAAAAACAAGAGUGGGAACUUUGAUGAGUAUGUUCAACAGAUCGAUGCGAUAGAACAGCAAGUCACCGAGUUUGAAGCUGUGAUUUCAGUUCUUGAUAGAUAUGUUUCUUUGUUGGAAACUAAAGUACAAUCUGUCUACCAACAUCCACCUCCAUGAUCUAAAGUACAUUUAGUUUUUUUUUUUUUUUGGGUGCUUUGUUUUUUUAUGUUUUUAUGAAUCAAAUGUACUGUUGGGUGAAUGUACAUGUCUGUUUCACUUCUCUGGAAAUAAUUGAUCAUCCAGGGACUUAGGGUUGUUCAGAUUAUUACAACGCCUUUUGAUGUUUCCAGGAUUUUUAUAUACUGCAAAUGUGCAAUUUGCUUCACAUUUUUACAAGUUGGAAAAAGAUUUGCAUUUCUGCUAUAUUAAUUAAAAUAAAGA